AUGCUCCCGAGACGACCGGUAUUAACAGAAACAAUAGAUACCUUUGACUCGCUGUAUGCCGAUGGCAAGGCCACAGGGACCUGGCUCGACGUUCGGAAGACCAUCAACUGGCAGAACAACGGGCCAGUGACUGACGUGAAGUCCAAGGACAUCCGGUGCUAUGAGCUCAGCCCCGGCAAGCCCAGCGAGACUUACAACGUGACGGCGGGCUCGACCAUCGGCUUCAACGCCAACCCAAACAUCUACCACCCCGGGCCGCUGUCGUUCUGGCUCGCCAGGGUCCCGGAUGGACAGAGCUUCUCUAGCUUUGACGGGGACGGAAACGUCUGGUUCAAGAUCUGGCAUGAGCAGCCGAAGUUCGGCCAGCAGCUCACUUGGACAAGUAAUGGCAUGAAGACUCCUUCGGUCACGCUCCCCAAGUCCCUUCCGAACGGGCAAUACCUCUUCCGUAUCGAGCAUAUCGGGCUGCACGUUGCCCAGAGUGUUGGAGGUGCUCAGUUCUAUAUUUCCUGUGCCCAGAUCAAUGUCAGCGGAGGUGGCAGUGGCACUCCUGGUCCUCUAGUUGCUCUGCCUGGUGCAUACAGUGCACAGGACCCAGGCAUUCUGAUCAACAUCAACUGGCCCAUUCCUACUUCUUAUAAGAACCCGGGCCCUGCACCUUGGACUGGUUGA